GUCUCCAUCUUCCCCACCCCCGUGGGCGGGCCUGUGGACGUCAAUGGCUGUGAGCACGCCAGGGCCCCCGUCUUCCCGUCCGUCGUGCAGCCGCCGGUGUUCCCGAACGAGGUCCCCUUCUCCGUGCCCGCGCCGCCGUUCGCCGUGCCCAACUUGUCACAGGUGUUCGUGCCGCAGCCUCGGGUGCCUGCUGCGCCAGAGGAGACGCGCCGUGCCCGUGGCCGCCCAUGCAGCCCGUGGGGAGCCUCGCGGGCGUGGCCGGCCUCACGGGCCCGGCGGAGCGCCGCGACUCGGACUCCUCGGCCGAGACCGCCUGCACUGGCGGGUCCGACUGCGUGCUCCGCUCCGACCAGGUCAAGCACAAGAUCUCCUGGGCCAGCACGCGGAUGCCGUCAACCGCGGCCAGCGAGAUUGCCUCAGAGGACGUCGACGAGCGAGACAGGUUCCCCGAUCCUGGGCACCUUCGGCAGCAGCCCACCAGGACCGUCAGAAUCGCCGAGUGCCUGUCGACGGACCGCCGGUGACCCGACGCGCAAGAAGUCGAAGUCGAGCAAGCCCGUCGAGCAGACUGGCCCCAGCAAGGGCUACCCGAACAAUUGGAGUCCAGGUGUGACGACAGUGAUGGUCCGCCAGCUCCCGCGCCACUGGUCGCACGCCAUGUUCCUCGAGGAGGUUGUGCACCGUGGUUUCAAGGGGUUGUUUGACUUCGUCUACCUCCCACAUGACUUCAAGAAGGGUUCCCACGUUGGCUUCGGAUUCAUCAACUUCAUGGAAGAUCAACAUGCUUUGAGCUUUGUGAAGGAGAAUUCCACGGCCUGUAUCUGGACGACCACAUGA